CACUCGACAGUAAGCAAAACAAAAGUUCAUCGAGAGUAUUGCUUGCAUGAACCCGUUGCCUACGGUUACCGUGCAAAACAAAUCCAGAACAGCUGGUAUGGUGAUUUGGUUUGUUCUCACAAACGGUGUACUUUCCUUCGAUGGUAAAAAUCGGUAAAUAUUAAUUUACAGGUGCAACUGAAAACAUUUUAUUGUAAUACCGUUGGUAUAGUGCAGUUUAGUGUUGAAAUAGAUAUUAUAUCACCUAAAAAUAACACGAGUUGGGAUUAUUCGCUGAACAAGAACGAUUAGAGGGAUGACAUCCAGUAGCAUGCGAUCAUCUGUCUAUUCUAUUUAUAAUAACCUGCAUUUAAUCGGUUAUUGAAAGCUGAAUUUCUAUGCGAAGCAUGGAGAGUUUGUACUCAAGUAAAAGUUCAAAUUUCUCGGCGCUCCAUCGGCGAAAAGCUGUGGCUGCUCGCCAACCGGCUAUUGUUAUAGCUGCUAACAGCGAUGUCAGACACCGGGUAAUGUCGGCACGUAUGUUGCGUUUCAAGCAAUUGCAGAACCAGUUGGAAGUCGCGCAUCACCAAAUUGCUGAGCUGACCAAAGAUAAUCGUCUCCUGAGAGCAUUACAAAAACGCCAAGACUCGGCCCUAUCCAAGUACGAGAAUUCAAAUGCAGAACUACCGAAACUAUUACAUUCCCAUGCAGAGGAAAUACGAACAUACCAAACGAAGUGUCGAAAUCUACAAAAUCAACACAAGGAAGUUCUUAACAAGUUGAAGCAGAAGGAUGCACAUAUACUAACAAUUACCGAUCAGAACAAACAUUUAAUCCAACUAAACAAAGACAAGCAUCUUGAGGAACGCGAAAGACUCGCUGAACGUGUGCGGGACUUAGAAACGCGACUGAUUGAGAAAGAUAAUGAUGCCAAAUUGCUUGCAAGAAGAUUGCAACUAGAAUCGAAAAACUUUAGAGGACAGCUGCAGCAAGAAAUUCUCAAGCAGCGAGAAAUAAGCCAAAAACUGGAGCGGGCACAUCACGAGAUUCAACGACUGAAUUCUGUUAUUGAGAUCUACGAAAAACGCACACCAUCUACAUUGCUCAAAAAUAGCUACCUAUUGAAACAAUCAAAGCCAACAUCUGGGCAGCUAUCUCGAUUGCCGAAUGGAUCUCCGACGAAACCAUCUUUUCCCUUGCAGAAUUUAGCUGAACCUGCUCCAGUGACGAAUAUGGAAAUUGCACCGAAAAAAGCUUCUGACGAAGGGGAUGGUGACCAUAAGUUUUUUACUCAUAGUCCGAAAAUGCUAAAGCCCAUUGAUGUCAAUGACGAUAUAACACCAGUUGCUACGCCAGUUAAAUCUAGCAGGCCAAAAAAGAAGCAUCUCAACACAAAAACGCGGGAGGAACCGGAGAAACAGGUCGAAGAAAAUUGUGAAAAAGCAUCGGAUCAUCACUAUGAUGAAUCGUUCUGCGAAAAGUUCAAUAAAUAUGCUCUACAACAGGAGGCUGAAUUCGAUGAGACUAUUGAGGACGAAAUAUCAAGGCUGAAACAAGACAUCUCGCUUGGGAGCUCUACCAAUAAUCUUUCCCGGAGAAUGAAACAACACUUUAUCACCGCUGAGGUUUCAUAUGAAGAUGACUAUGAACCAGAAUCCUCUCCCGAGAAGAACCGUGGGAAAAAUGACGUUAUUUUCGACCAUAAAACACAUAUUAACGAGCUGGAAAAACAAAUUCGUAAUAUGGGGGGCCCAUUACUGAAUGGCAUAUCGGGAAAAGAUAAUAAAUAUGAUGAGAAAAAAAAUUCGACAUCGGGAGAUACGGAUUUGGAGUCUAGCACAAACACCAGCGAUUCAUCGAAAGAAUUUGAAACAAUGAAACGGGAAAUUCGUGAAAGUAUUAUGAAGAAAGAAUCCUUGCUCGAUUCAUUUUGCGACGAAAUUAACGGUAAAGAAACGAGCAGUAAAACCACCAACGGUCGAAUAAAAGAUUUUCAAAAACGACCUCAGAUCGAUCCGAAAAAGAAGAAAAAUUUAUUGGAGGCCUUGAAGGCGAUCGAUGGAAAUAGUUUUGACAAAUGAUUCAUUGUAAUAUAUAAUGUUUCCGGCGUUAUGUAUAAUUUUAA